AUCAAUCAACAUGAUUCCCAUUGUUCUGGCCUCAGUGCUCAUCGCUUGCGCCUUUGGGUGCGGCACCCCUCCCAUUGAGCCUCUGACCACCCGUGUGGUCAAUGGAGUGGACGCCAAGCCCCACAGCUGGCCCUGGCAGAUCUCUCUGAGAUAUAUGAGCAGGGACGGUUUUGUAGUGGCAGACGGACACCUGGUGGUGGGAUCCUUGAUGUGCCACCAACUGGUCAUGACCGGCUGCGCCUGUAUCAACCACCUGCUCCAAGCCGACUGGUGGGGCAUUGCUCUCAGGCACACCAUGGUGUGUGCCGGAGGAGAUGGCAUUGUCGCCGGCUGCAACGGUGACUCUGGUGGGCCCCUGAACUGCAAGAACCCAGAGGGAGUAUGGGAGGUGCAUGGAAUUGCCAGCUUUGUUUCUGGUCUGGGCUGCAACUACGUGAAGAAGCCCACCGUCUUCACCCGCGUCUCCAACUUCACCGACUGGAUCGACCAGGCUAUGAUGAGCAACUAAAGUGGAGCAGAAUGGGGAAUUGAGUUUAAUAAAAAAAAAGGACUCAGCAAAA